AAAAAAAAAAUUAUUUGUGAUUGAUAGAUAAUCGAAAUGAUUUCGAUUAUUUUUAUGUUUUUAUUUUUUGGAUACACAUGUGGAAAUUUUUUAAACAAUACUCUUCAAUAUGCUGAGUGUCUUUCUCAUUGUUAUGACCAAUAUUGUCCAGAGAUUUGUAAUGGAACUACACAUCAAGGUCCAGCUAUGUUUGAAGCUGAGCUGCAUUGUCGAGACACUGAUCUCUUGUCACUUCAUCACAGUGAUGGAAUUUUUAUUAUUCAACAAAGUACCUCAAAUAUCACAUGGAGUAAGCCACGAGUUGUUCAAGGAAUCAUGUCAAUAUUUUCAGGCUUAAAACCUGGACAAUUUUAUAGAUAUCGAGUUAAACGAGUUGAAAAUAAUUCAGUAUCAAAACCAGAAUUAACUGGCUGGUUUCAAACAAUUAAAAAUGAUGAAAAACCUGAAGGUAUCAGGGAAAUUAACGUGCAAGAUAUUGUUCCAAUUUCAGAUGAUAUUCAUCACCUGCAAGCACAAGUUACUUUUGAACCUGGUCAAGAUUUGAGCUGUUAUUAUGAUGUUUUAAAUUGGUCUGAAAAACAGGGACUAUCAAUUGGUCACGUAAAUGCAACACAAUAUUUUAAAUUUCAAUUAAACAAGCUAGAUUAUUAUUGUAAUAAUACAAUAACAAUAUUAGCAACAAAUAAAGGCACCAAAGAAAAAAGCAACAAUGUAUCAAUGAUUAUUAAAACACCAAGUUGUUUAGAGUCUCAUAAAAGUUUGAUAAUUUGCGCACCAAAUAAAGUGUCUGGAUUGAGAGUAAAAAAAUUGCAACAAUUUGAUGAUAAUAUUAAGUUCCAAGUUUCUUGGGAUAAACCAAAAUUUCUACCAGAUAAUUAUACUGUUUUGAUUGAGCCAUUUGAUCAUUCGAAAAAACAAAUUACAAUAAAUUUAUCAGGGAAUUUGACUGAAUUUUUUUAUUAUCUGGAUGAGAUUGGACUCCCUCACGUGAUAAGUAUUGUCGCCGAGUCACAUGGUGGAAUUAGUCAGCCCAUAUCAAUCAUGAACACCAUAAAAUUUGAAAAAAGAAAACAAACAAUUAUCAAUGAUAUUUUAAUUAUUUUAUCUUCAUUUGGGAUGGUAAUACUUGCUGGUGUAAUUUACAUUUAUUACAAAAAUAAAAAAACAACUAUUAAAAAUCAGUACAAUUAUUGUUCAAAUAUAAAUGACAAAGUUAAUCUAGCAGAAAUAUAUGAAAAAUCGAAAAUAAUUGAGUCUGAUAUUAAAAUGGAAAUUGAUCCAUUGUUAUCAAAAGAUGAGUUUGAAAUUCAUCCAGUUCAAUUGAGAAUUGGUAAAAUUCUUGGAAGUGGAGUGUCUGGUAUUGUCAGGCUUGGAUCACUUGAAGUAAACAACAAUGACUGGAUUCAAGUUGCUGUUAAAAUGUUGCAAGAUGGACCAAGUGAGGAUGAUGUUAAAAAUUUUAAACAAGAAAUAUUGAUAAUGAAAUCAGCAGGUAUCCAUAGAAAUAUUGUGUCAAUGAUUGGCUGCUGCACCACUAGCAUCAAGCCAAUGUUAAUUGUCGAAUAUUGCAGUCAAGGAGAUUUACAAACAUAUCUCAGAAAUAUUUGGAAUAAUCUCCUGAAUGAUGCUAAUAAUCGAAAAAUUCAAAUUGAAAAUAUUAAAUUAUGUCAUGAAAAAAAUUCCGAUAUUAUUUCAUCAAUGUCUUUAGGAAGCGAACAGACAGUGGCUAUAUCUAAUCAGCUUUAUGACCUUCAACAAGGCAUGCUAAAUACCAAAGAAGAAAUUUCAGCAAGUGAUUUAUUAAGUUUUGCUCAUCAAGUUGCAAUUGGAAUGGAAUUUCUUUCUAUGAAUAGAAUUGUCCAUCGUGAUUUGGCAGCAAGAAAUGUAUUAGUUUGCUCAGAUAAAACUGUUAAAAUAUCGGAUUUCGGACUCAGCCGUGAUGUUUAUCAAGAAAAUAUUUACAGAAAACAGGGCAAUGGAAAAUUACCAAUUAAAUGGAUGGCUAUUGAAGCAUUAACACAUCAAAUAUAUACAACAAAAAGUGAUGUAUGGUCUUAUGGAAUUCUUCUCUGGGAAAUAGUGACAUUGGGAUGCAGUCCAUAUCCUGAUAUAUCAACAAGCAUUGUUCUUGAGCUGCUAAAAGAAGGCUACAGAAUGCCAAGACCUCAAAACUGUGGAAUAGAACUCUAUGAAAUAAUGAGAUCAUGCUGGAACACGAGGCCAAGAUGCAGACCAACAUUUACCAAGUUGAAACAAGAUAUGGAUAAACUGCUGGAGACUGUCAGCCAAAAUGAUUAUUUAAAUUUAUGCAAUCUACAGCAAGAGAGGGAUGAUUCAAUAACAGAUUCUGAAUGAUAAAAUUUUUAUAAGCACUCAAUUCAUAUGAAUCUCGGUUGUAAUUUGGCUACUCGAUGUUACGUACCAUCAUUUACAAUAUUGUCUACUCAAUUUUAAAAUAUUACUUUAGUUCUAAUGGUUGAAUAAUUAGGGAGAGAGAUUUUACACACUGUCAAUUUAACUGACAAGAAAAAAAAUAAUAGAGUUAGUUUAAUUGUAAAUUUACAAAAAGCUCUUUGUCAAUUAAAUGAACAGGAGUGUAACGAAACAAUUAUUAUGUACAAAGGUUUUUUUUUUUUUACGAA